AGAAACCUGUACACACCUCCACUCUUUGAGUAACAUUUAGGAUCUUAUGCACCUCCUGAUCUUGGAUCUCUUUAGCCUAGGUGAGAUUUCUAAGACUUCCACAUGGAAAGCUUUAUGGAUCGGUAGGCUACAGACUGAGAGGCUUCUUUCCCUCUUCCUUCUAAUUAUUAACUUCUGGAGGAUUACUUGUCUUGACACCCUGGUGUCCAUGCAGAUUGUGGAUAGUCUCGUCUCCUUGGUCCUCCGCUGAGGAUGUGUUGACUUUCUCUCCCUGUGGUCUAACUCCUGUGAUGGAUGAUGUAUUGAUCUUGUGGAGCAUUCCACCCUGUCUGAAAAGAAGCAGCUUUGUUUGACCUGAAAUUGGAUUUGUCCCGAAAGACAAAGGGGGAGAGAGAGACAAAGACUCUUAUUUAAACCUAGAGGAGGGGAGAGAGGUAUCAGAUUGGGCUUAGGCUGUUGUGAGGUCAGUUUGUGUUUCAGCAUCCUUCACUCUCUGACACAUAAACAGAGGAACUUGUCCAGAGGGAAGAUCUAAAGCGAUGAGUGAGGUUGUUUGUAAAGCUUGGUCCAGAGUGAAAAUUCCCUCUGUUUAGCAACACACAAUGGACUUAGUGCUAGACUAGUUUGAUAGACAGACAGGAAGGUUAGGUGUGUAGGAAUGGGUACCCUAAGAGGUAUCAGUGAUCCAUGGGAGGUCUACGAAAGGGAAACCUCCAGCAGCAGCUCUUGUGAUGCAGGCCAGAAUGUCUGUACUCAGGAGGAACUCAGACUUAAACACCUGCUGUUACUGAGGGAUGCGUUUACCCGUCGCACAACCUCGGACAGGGGGUCCCGGCGGAGUUGGAGAGGUGCACGGAAAAAGGGAGGAGGAGAAAGAGGGAUGAGUCUGGAGGAGUUCCAGAAUGCUCUGAGUGCUGUGAUUGGUCCAGACAGCCAGAGCGGGUGGCUGGAGAGGGUCUUCAAUGAGAUUGAUGUGUCACGUGAUGGCUAUGUGGAGUGGGAGGACCUGUGUAGCUACCUGCUGCAGCAGUGCAGAGAGAGAGACCACACCUCCAGGCCAAGAGGCGCUCUACUAGACACUGAACCACUCAUCAAACACUGCUCACACAACAAGCAGGAGCCCACUAUCUGUGUAGUGGCUGUUCCCCAUCCUCCCCCCCUCCGCUACAUCAGUGUCAGUAAGAGGGGGCUGCUCACUGUGUGGAACAACCGACUACAAGUCCUCAAGACUUUGGAGCUGGCUGGAGACCCUGCAGAGCAAGGGGUUAACAGAAGGAUGUUCAGGGGCUGGACCACUGAUGCUGUCUACCUGCCCAAAGUCCACAAGGUCGCCAUAGCAACCAGCAGCAGGGACCUCCACUUUGUUGACGUGUCCACGGCCAGCUGCUUUGAAGACAUCCACUUGUUUGGAUUCCCCAAUGUUCCAACCUCUCUCUGCUACUGGCAUGACAUAAAGUCUCCAGGGGGGCGCUCUUUGCUGCUGUGGGGAGAUGAAAAGGGAGGGAUCCAUCUGUUGUGGUUCCUCCAACUCCAAAAUGGACUGUUUGAGAGCCCCUUCACUGAGGACAAUGUCCCUCAGAGGAUUUACAUGCAGGAUAUUGGUGACCACAGCCGCCUAGUCUCCUACCAACAUAUCCCCACAGUCCACCAGGAACCAAUCAACAGGAUCAUUUUUGAGCCCCACACUGACCUCAUCAUGACAUCAUCAGGAAGCGACGCCUCCUCAGUAGUCAUCAUGCAUGUGUCACUCAGGAGAAAACCCUAUGUUUGGAGAAUCAAUAAGGGUGUGACGUGCUUUGAUUUCAGCAGGUCUCUCAACCUAUUGGUGACGGGUGGUCUGGACCCUGCGGUCAAACUGUGGAACUGCUUCAUGACCGCUCGGCCAGUCGCGGUCCUACACGGUCACGGCACCACAGUACUGGACGUGGUCAUCUACCAACCACUGGGACAGGUCCUCAGCUACUCCAAAGAUGCUGAGCUGAGGGUGUGGGACAUCUCCUCCAAUCGCUGUCUGAGGACCGUCCACCUGCAGUUCCCCUGUCUGCAGCCAGGGCGCGCCCCAGAGCAUGGCAACUUCCCUUUCCUGUUGGUGGCCCCGCCCUUCCUGACGCAGACUCCGCCCCAUAUCCUGGUGUCCUGUCGAGACUACCUGGCCAGGCUGAGGCUGGAGAAAGGGGGGAGGGGGGAGGAGCAGGGAGGAGGGGGAAGACAAUGCCAUGGUGCACCCCUCUCCUGUGCUCUCUACAACCCCACACUGAAACAGGUCAUCGCCGGAUGUGAUGACUCGUCUGUAUCAGUGUGGGACGUAGAAACAGGGAGGCUGCGUCUGAAGAUCACCUGCGCUCAUGGAGAGGAGGAGAUUACCUGCAUGGCGCUAGACUCCUCCCACAGACGACUCAUCACUGGAGCACGUAACGGAACCAUCAAGGUGUGGAACCUACUGAAUGGCCUCAACCUACACAAGCUAGAGCCUGUCACCCUCUCAGAUGUCACAGGGGUCAUCUGUCUCCAUGACAACCAGUUGCUGGCCGUGGGGUGGAGCCAGCAAGUCGCUCAGUAUGACAUCAAAGGGGCUAAGGAUGUGUUUGUGAGGGCAGACAUGUCGUGGAAGUCAGGUCAGCAACACAGAGCUGACAUCCUGGUGGUUGACCACUGCCCUGCCCUGGGGGUCAUUGCUACGGGCAGCCAUGAUGGAGAGGUCAUCGUCUGGACUUUGGACACACAGAGACCCCUGGUUCGCCUGCGGAGGGCCACUCACUCACUGACAACACCGCCUGUGGACGCGUUGCUGUUCCUGCAGCGGAGGGGUGGGGACAAACACUGGAGGAACACACCUAUUCUCCUCUCCUCACAGGCUGGAGGGAUCUACUGGUGGAGCAUCACUGGACACACACACACUCAUGGUCAGUUCUAUGCCCCUGGUGGAGAGAAAGAGUGUGUGUUGGGGCUAACUUCAGACCAGGAGAACAACAUCCUGGUCACUGGAGACACAGCAGGGUGUGUUCAGGUCUGGGACAUCUCUCAGUACGCGCUAUGCAUCACACAGGAGCCCUCCUCAAGCCACCCUCCUCUCCUGCAGUCCUGGAGGGCCCAUGAGGGGGCAAUAGUGAGUGUUGAAGUGCUGGUGUACACAGAGAGACUCUUCUUCCUCUCUGGCUCUGUGGAUGGGACCAGCAGAGUGUGGACGGGGGAGGGAGGGCAUGUAGGUUCCUUUGGACAGGAACCACAGUGGAGCCUCACUGACCCAGCCCCUCACCACACCUCCAGAGACCAGGUAAACAACCUGGCUGAGGAGGAGAAGGAAGAAAGGGAGAAGAAGAUUGAGAGUGAAUGUGACCCAUCACAGAGCAGCGAGGUCACAGGUCAAACAUCUGACCUUUUCAGCGGGGGUCCGGGUUCACCGGAGGAAUGGAUUUAUGAAGGGCCUGUAGAGGAAGCCCCAACACCAGAGAACCAGACAGAACCUGUCGGCACAGAGGAGAGCCCUGCUCCAAGUCACGCUCAACACAUCAGGGUGUCUCAGUGUCACCAGCUGUAUGGGGCAUCCAGAGGAAGAUGGCAGUUAGGAGAGAGGAGGCGGGUAUUUGGUGACAUCAACGUCAAUAACCUCUUCCCCAUCACCCGCUUGUACCCCUUCCAGGCCUUGGCCGUGCAGGACUGUCAGCAGGUGUUCCUGCCGGAGGAUUUACCCAUGAGCCCUUGGAUGCAGCGUCAGACUCUGAGUUGUGUGAGUGAAGCGGGGCUUAGCUCCCUACAGCUGUCAAUCAACAGCUCAGAGCAAGAACAGGAAGCCACCUGACCAGCCUCUUCCUUCUACUAUUCUCCUCCUCCUUUCUGUCUCCUUCUCUUCCUCCUCCUCUUCCUCCUUAUCCUUCACCUCCUUCUCCUCUUCCUCUCCUCCUACUCCACUUCCUUCUCCUCUUCCUCUCCACCUCUCCUCCUCCUCCUCUUCUCCUAUCAGAUUAUAAUGUAAUAAUAUGUCAUAUGUAACAUGCAUGAUAUUAUAUACCUCACAUGCAACUCAUAAUAAUAAUAAAUAAUAAAACCAAAUAAUUAGCCCAUGAAAUUAAUUAUCAGCAUAUCUCAAUUUCCUCUGACAAAAUAACACAAUGCUGAACUCAGCUCAGACAAACAGUAGACCGAUGUAGCAUCCACAGUUACAACCAAUAGGAGGCACUAACAGACCAAUUUCCAGAGACAUUAUAGGUGGUACUAGACCAAUAUAUGGAGACAUUAUACACUACCAGCUAAAAGUUUUAGAACACCUACUCAUUCAAGGGUUUCUCCUUAUUUGACUAUUUUCUACAUUGCAGAAUAAUAGUGAAGACAUCAAAACAAUGAAAUAACACAUAUAUGGAAUCAUGUAGUAACCAAAUAAGUGUUAAACAAAUAUAUUUGAGAUUCUUCAAAUAGCCACCCUUGCCGUCUUGAAGGAUUUCCACAUAUGCUGAGCACUUGUUGGCUCCUUUUCCUUCACUCUUCGGUCUGACCCAUCCCAAACCAUCUCAAUUUGGUUGAGGUUGGGGGAUUGUGGAGGCCAGGUCAUCUGAUGUAGCACCCCAUCACUCUCCUUCAUGAUCAAAUAGCCCUUACACAGGCUGGAGGUGUGUUUGGUCAUAGUCCUGUUGAAAAACAAAUGAUAGUCCCACUAAACCUAAACCAGAUGGGAUGGUGUAUCGAUUUGGAGGUGGAGGGUCCGUCAUGGUCUGGUGCGGUGUGUCACAGCAUCAUCGGACUGAGCUUGUUGUCAUUGAAGGCAAUAUCAACGCUGUGCGUUACAGGGAAGACAACCUCCUCCCUCAUGUCGUACCCUUCCUGCAGGCUCAUCCUGACAUGACCCUCCAGCAUGACAAUGUCACCAGCCAUACUGCUCGUCCUGUGCGUGAUUUCCUGCAAGACAGGAAUGUCAGUGUUCUGCCAUGGCCAGCGAAGAGCCCGGAUCUCAAUCCCAUUGAGCACGUCUGGGAUCGGAGGGUAAGGGCUAGGGCCAUUCCCCCCAGAAAUGUCUGGGAACUUGCAGGUGCCUUGGUGGAAGAGUGUGGUAACAUCUCACAGCAAGAAUUCACAAAUCUGGUGCAGUCCAUGAGGCGGAGAUGCAUUGCAGUACUUAUUGCAGGCCACACAAGCUCACAGAACGGGACCCCCGAGUGCUGAAGUGUGUAGCACGUAAAAAUCAUCUGUCCUUGGUUGCAACACUGACUACCAAGUUCCAAACUGCUUCUGGAAGCAACAAUAACUGUUCGUCAGGAGCUUCAUGAAAUGGGCAAAGAUUACCAUGCACCAUGCCAAGCGUCGGCUAGAGUAGUGUAAAGCUCGCCGCCAUUGGACUCUGGAGCAGUGGAAACGUGAUCUCUGGAGUGAUGAAUCACGCUUCACCAUCUGGCAGUCCGAUGGCCAAAACUGGGUUUGGCAGAUGCCAGGAGAAUGCUACCUGCCCGAAUACAUAGUGGUGACUGUAAAGUUUGGAGGAGGAGGAUGAAUGGUCUGGGGCUGUGUUUCAUGGUUCAGGCAAGGCCCCUUAGUUCCAGUGAAGGGAAAUCUUAAUGCCACAGCAUACAAUGACAUUCUAAAUUUUUCUGUGCUUCCAACUUUGUUGCAGUAGUUUGGGGAAGGCCCUUUCCUUGUUUCAAGAUGACAAUACCCCCGUGCACAAAGCGAGGUCCAUACAGAAAUGGUUUGUCAAGAUCGGUGUGGAAGAACUUGACUGGCCUGCACAGAGCCCUGACCUCAACCCCAUCGACACUUGGGAUGCAUUGGAACGCCAACUACGAGCCAGGCCCAAUCGCCCAACAUCAGUGCCCAACGUCACCAAUACUCUUGUGCCUGAAUGGAAGCAAGUCCCCGCAGAAAUGUUCCAACAUCUAGUGGGAACGCCUUCCCAGAAGAGUGGAGGCUGUUACAACGACAAGGGGGGGACCAACUCCAUAUUAAUGCCCAUGAGUUUGGAAACACAAAUAGUGACUGGAGUCAGAUAAAGCCGCACGCUUCAAGGAUUUUAAUGGCUUUGAAUGGAUGGAAAGAAAGGCAUGAAUAUCCUGCUGCCUUUCCUGAGGUUUUGAUGCACUUUUAGCACAUUUUUGUAUUUUUUUUGUAUAAAACCAACAAGAACAAUAUUAAAUAACAAAGAAUGACUUUUUUAAUAUAAUAACAAAUUGUAUUGGGCUUUUCAUAACAGCUUUUUUUUAUUAGAUUACCACAGGGUUAGUACUGCCUACCCUGACUUCACAUCACUGCCUACCCUGAUGGCACGUAACUGGGUGCUAUGUUAUGACAUGGCUUGCAUCCUGCCAGGGUAAUGACUAAACUACUGGCUGGAACUCCUCUCUAGAGCAUCAAAGGAUUUUCUUCUCUCUCGUCCUUUAUCUAUUCAUCUAUUCAUUUUAUCACCUCUCCCCCCUCGUUCUUUUUUUCUCUCUCUCUCUCUCUCUCUCUCUCUCUCUCUCUCUCUCUCUCUCUCUCUCUCUUCCUCCUCAUCCUCCAAUCUUUCCCAACUAUCUAUCCAACCUGUUUGGCACUAUCAUCUCCAACAACAUGUUCUGGUUCUCAUGACAUCAUUGCAAAGACUCAAUAACAGGAACCAUGUGAUGUCGUGUAAACAUAAAACACACCAGGCUUCACUGUGUGUGAAUGAAAGGGUAGAGAGACACAUUCAUGACUGAUUGAAUUAAUACAUGGACACAUCAUCAGUAACGUAACCUGGGUCAUAGGGUGUUUUGGGUCUUUCAACAUCAGACACCCUCACCCAGGCGAUCCAGUCGAGGUUGAUCAGACCCGGACUUAUGUCCAGGUGGCAUGUCGCUGCUCCCCAUGGAUCUCCUCUCUUGAUCCAGAACCAUCUUGAGGCUUUUUCAGCUGCCUCAAUGGUGUUGCUGAUGGCUCUCCUCCUCUUCGUUCCAUUGAUGCCAAGUGUGUUGUAGGCUCUGUAGAGGGAUUGCCCAGCAAAACCCCUGCAUCCUACCUCGAUAGGCAUCACCUAGCCUUCCAAACCUGCUUCUGACAGUCGAUGACCAGUCCCUCGUACUUGGCCCUCUUCCUCUCGUAUGCCUCCUCAAGACGAUAUUCCCAAGAGACUGUCAACUCCAGAAUAAUGAUGGUCUCCGUGGACUCUGAGACUAGGGCUAUGUCUGAUCUCAGGUUUGUCUUGACAAUGUGCUGCAGGAACUUGAGCUGGUUCCCAGACCAGCUCUUCUCCGGGUCGCCGCUCCCACCAGGACACUAAAACCUUUAUCAGCACAAUUCAUUUUUGUAUAAUAUUAUCUAUCCUAUCCUUUUCACUGCAGAUUUGAAUUAUAGAAAUAAAACCGUACAACCUGGGGUUGUUUGGUUGUGGUCUUUUCUAAUUCAAUUCCCCCCAAUGUAUUUCCUGUAUGUGUCUUCCUUGUGUGUUUCCCCAAAACCAGGGUUAGGCUAUUUUAAGCUUGGUUAUGGCUUUCUGGGGAGAGAGGGAAAACGUUGUUAGUAGGAACAGAGCAGUGUUUGGGAUAAAACAGUCACAGACAGGGUUAGCUCACAGCUAGUAAACAACUCAUGGUUCAUAACACAGACAUUAGAUGAUAAUCUGAAGGAAGUAUGGAUUGAACUCGUAUUAUAUGUAUGUUUUAAUGAUUUCUCUCUAUCACUGUUAGCCUACCAAGGUUUAUUUCGAGGGGGACAUUUAGAAUGGGCCAACGUUGUCUUCGCUAAAUAAACACUGUGACAACGGCAUUUUAAGGAACCACAUACUGUCACGCCCUGACCUUAGAGAGACUUUUUAUUUCUCUAUUUGGUUGGGUCAGGGUGUGAUUAGGGUGGGCGUUCUAGUUUUUCAUUUUCUAUGUUGGCCUGGUAUGGUUCCCAAUGAGAGGCAGCUGUCUAUCGUUGUCUCUGAUUGGGGAUCAUAUUUAGGCAGCCUUUUCCCACCUGUUUGUGGGAUCUUGUUUUUGUAUAGUUGCCUUGAGCACCGCAAUACUGCACAUUUGUUAUAUUCUUUGUUGUUUUUGUUGUAAGUUUCACUAUUAAAUAUCAUGUGGAACUCUA